ACUUCCCCGCCCGCGGCUGCCGGGCUGCCCGCGGCUGCCGCCGACCAUGGACCGGCAGAGCGUGCUGGACCAGCUCCUCCCAGAGCUCAACAUCUUGCUCAAACUGCUGGACCAUGAGUACCUGAGCUCCACGACGCAGGAGAAGAAGCUGGCCGUCGCCACCAUCCUGCAGAAGCUGCAGCCGCCUCCAGGGAAGGACGUGGACUACCUGUACGUGAACACGGCGUCCCUGAACAAUGGCACCAGCUUCGUGGAGUCCCUCUUCGAGGAGUUCGACUGUGACCUGCGGGAUCUCCAGGACAUGCAGGAGGACGAUGGGGAUGCCAGCGAUGGCAUUGGCUUGGAGCUUGCGAGGAGCCAGACAGCAAAAAAUGUUGCUGUGGACCCUCCUCCACCAUUACCCACUACUCCUCCACCUGAAGACUACUACGAGGAAGCCCUGCCUCUGGGCCCGGGCAAAGCCCCAGAGUACAUCACGUCCCGCAACAGCUCCAGCCCCCCCAACUCGAUCGAGGAUGGAUAUUACGAGGAUGCAGACAGCAACUACCCCGUUACCAGGAUGAACGGGGAGCAAAAAAACUCCUCAUCAGGAAGGGGAGUCCCUACCUUCGCAGCCAGCUCUGCCGUGACCUCCAUGAGCUUCCUGUGCCACGGAGGAGACAAUGACUCGGAUGCGAUGAGCAGCUCUUAUGAGUCGUACGACGAGGAGGAGGAGGAGGGGAAGGGCCAGCAGCUGACACACCAGUGGCCGUCAGAGGAAGCCUCCAUGAACCUGGUGAAGGACUGUAGGAUUUGCGCUUUCCUGUUGCGUAAGAAGCGCUUUGGACAGUGGGCCAAGCAGCUCACCAUCAUACGGGACAACAAACUGCUGUGCUACAAAAGCUCCAAAGACCGGCAGCCGCACGUGGAAGUGCCCCUGGGCACCUGCAAUGUCAUCUACGUCCCCAAGGACGGGCGGCGCAAGAAGCACGAGCUGCGUUUCUCGCUGCCGGGGGCCGAGGCGCUGGUGCUGGCCGUGCAGAGCAAGGAGCAGGCUGAGGAGUGGCUGAAGGUGAUCAAGGAGGCGAGCAGUGCGGGAGCGGGCGGGCUGGAAGCCCCCACGUCCCCAGCGGUGCUGCGCAAGACGGACCUGGACAAGCGGCUCUCGCAGGAGAAGCACACCUCCGACUCGGACAGCGUGGCGACAGGCGAGACCUGCUCCCCCGCGGCCCGCAGGGAGCCCUGUGAGCACGGGAAAGGCAAGAGGAGCGGCUUGGCUGACCUGAAGGGCUCCAUGAGCCGAGCAGCGGGGAGGAAGAUCACCAGGAUCAUCAGCUUCUCCAAGAAGAAGCCUUCCCCUGAGGACGCGCAGACCUCCUCCACCGAGGAGGACAUCCCCUGCUGCGGUUACCUCAAUGUCCUGGUUAACCAGUGCUGGAAGGAGCGCUGGUGUCGCCUGAAGGGCAACACCCUGUACUUCCACAAGGACCGCACGGACUUACGGACCCACGUGAAUGCCAUCGUCCUCCGGGGCUGCGAGGUGGUGCCAGGCCUGGGCCCCAAACACCCCUUCGCUUUCCGCAUCCUUCGCAAUGGGCAGGAGGUGUCCGCGCUGGAGGCAAGCUGCUCAGAAGAUCUGGGCCGCUGGCUGGGUCUCCUCUUGGUGGAGACGGGCUCCCAGACAGCCCCCGAGGCCUUGCACUACGACUACGUGGACGUGGAGACGAUCGCCAACAUCGUGACGGCUGUGAGGCACUCCUAUCUGUGGGCCAGCUCCUCCCAGGACAGCCGGACGGACUCCUCCCGCGUGGUCUACGAUGAUGUCCCCUACGAGAAGGUUCAGGCUGAGGAGCAGCCGGCCCGGCCGGCGGGAGCCCAGGUGAAGCGCCAUGCCUCCUCCUGCAGCGAGAAGUCACGGCGAGUGGACCCGCAAGUCAAAGUGAAGAGGCACGCGUCAAAUGCCAACCAGUACAGAUACGGGAAGAACCGGGCGGAGGAGGAUGCCCGGAGGUUUCUGACAGAGAAAGAGAAGCUGGAGAAGGAGAAAGCGGCGAUCCGCAGUGAGCUGGUGCUGCUGCGAAAAGAGAAGCGGGAGCUGCGGGAAGCCGCGAAGGGCAGCACGGGGCAGAAGCUGCAGGAGCUGGAGCAGCGCGUGGCGCAGCUGGAGGAGCAGUGCCGGCACAAGGAGGAGCGCCGCGUCGACCUGGAGCUCAAGCUGACCGAAGUGAAGGAGCGGCUGAAGCAGUCGCUGGCGGGAGGGCCGGCCCUGGGGCUGGCCGUGACCGGCAAGGCCGAGAACGGGGAAGCUGCCAGCAAGCCCAACGGGAGCCCCCCUGAGCACCUGGUCCCCGUGAACUGUGCAGCUGAACUGAGGAAGAGGAGUCCGUCCAUCCUCCCUGCCAACAAGGGGAAUGUGCUGCGGAAGGCCAAGGAAUGGGAGAAGAAGCAGACCUAGGCCGGGCUGUGGGAACGCCGGGCUGCAGCGCCCCGCCGGACCCGGGCUCGCCGAGGAGCCGCGAGCCCCGUGCCCCCGAGGAGGCCGGGGUGCGGGAGAGGCGCCCUCCCAGGCCCCCCCGGCACAGCAGCGCCUGCGGCGGGGGCACCACGCGAACCUGCGGGCCGGGGGCGGGAGAGGGAGCUGGGAGGCGGGUGGGGAAGGGCGGCCGAGGAGCGGCAGGCGGCUCUCGCCCUUGGCGGGUCGCGAGGGGCCGAGGCGGGAUGCAGCCCCACGAGCCGCCCCCGGCCCGUGCGGCUCCGGGCAGCGGGGAAAGGACCGCUGCCGUCUCCUGCCUUCGCGGCACUGCUGCUGAGGUCGGGUGUUUCGUUUGCCGAGGCAUGUAGCAAAAUGGAGCAAAGGGAUGUUUUAAAAAAGAAAAAAAAAGUGCUUUCAAACUGGAGGACUGAGAAAGGAAAUAGUGGAAGGUAAUUUAGCACAGGCAGAAGAAGGGAUAGGAAUAAAAAGGGAAAGCGCAGGCUUUUGUGGGAGCAGGCCCUUGCCCUGUUCAUGCCAGCUGCUGCCACAAUUAGCCUUUGGUGCUCACUGCUUCGAGGCACAUUUUUUCAGUGACCGGGUAAGUGGGUUUUAAUAAAAGCGCUGGUACCAGAAAA